AUGGAGGAUGACUCUGCACCCAUUAGUGGUCGAUCUGGCUCGCCUGACCAUGUAGACGAUCUAUUCAACUACGACUUUGGCUUGGACGAAUUGCUAGGGCAAGCCCCAAGUAGGACAGAUAGCACGGAGCCUAAGCAGACUGCGACUCAUGCUAUGUCGGGGCUUGGAUUAGGGCUCGAUGAAGAGGUUAAGGUGACUAAAAAGCGUCAACCUAUUGCGAAACUGGAUGAGCGCCGCUUAUUAUCGCAGCCCGGCAUUCCUAAGCUACGCCGUACCGCGAAGGCGAAAUUGAAGUUUCGGGGCAGAGGCCACGAGUUCUCCGAUGCUGCUCGGUUACUGAACUUCUACCAACUAUGGCUUGACAAUUUGUUUCCCCGUGCGAAGUUUGCGGAUGGCUUAGCCAUGAUUGAACGACUUGGUCACUCCAAACGCCUCCAAACGAUACGGAGAGAAUGGAUAGAAGAGGAGAAGCCUCAGAUUUCAACAGACAUUCAAGCCGGUUCACCACAGAUCAAUCUACCAGCCGAUACUCAGACUGAUCACACCGCGCUUGCCUCCGAGAAUCGCAACACGACAAGCGCGAAACUUCAAGAAAACCUCUCUAACUACGUUAUUCCGGAUGGGGUUCAAAAUUCAGUUGACGAUACGAAUUUGCCAGCGCUAGCUGAAGCAGACGAACGGCUAUUCAUGUCAGAUGAUGACUUCGCAAGGUUGCCUGACGACCAGGGAGCUCCAGAUGAUGAUGAGUGGGAUGCGUUAUUGAGAGAACAGGAGGAUCUAGUAUUUAUUAAUACCUCUACUUGA